AUGCCAGAUGACAUCUACGAAACAUUGCGACUAGAUAAAAUGAGUGGUUUUCUUUGUGGAGCAGAACCUAUUCGAGCAUCAACUUUACUAAAGUUUGCUGAGAAAUUUGGUCCUAAAGGUUUUAGAUUUGGGAUGUAUAAACCUUGUUACGGUUUAGCAGAAAAUACAUUGAUAGUUUCUGGGGUUGUUGAAGUGGGUCAAGCUCCAUUAGUUAUAUGUGUAGAUUCAGAAGCUCUCAUGCUUCAAAAAAAAAUUAAGGUUUUAAGGUCUGGUCGUUUUAAGGAAGGAGACUUAGAAUAUAAUAAAGCUUUAGCUGGAAAUCAAGGAGAAACCAUUUUGGUCGGAUGUGGAGGAACAUGUAUUGAUAUGCAGGUUCAAAUAGUUGAUCCAGUGAUUAUGCAACAGUGUGAAUCAGAUCAAGUUGGAGAAAUUUGGAUAUCCGCAGAUUCUAAUGCACGUGGUUAUUUUGGUUUACCAGACAAAACUUCAGAAGAUUUUUAUGCUACAAUGAGUAUGUUGGAUGGCCACGUUAACCUGGCUAAAUUUUUACGAAGCGGUGACUAUGGAUUUAUAUACAACAAGGAACUAUUUAUUUGCGGUCGUAUCAAAGAUAUUAUUAUUAUUAGAGGAAGAAAUUACUACCCACAAGAUAUAGAAGAAUGUUUGGAAAAAUUAAAAAUGCUGCGACCUGGUAAUAUUGCUGUAUUUAUGAUACAUAAUGAUGAAGGUCAAGAAGAAAUCGCCGUAGCAGCUGAGUUAAGACCAGUUCAAACAGGAAUAAUAAAAAAUUUAUGGGCUAAAAUUACCAAUAGUUCUGACUUACUAAAUCAUUAUACUGAUACGGCAAAUCUGAUUUACUCUCAAGUAUUGAAACAAUUCGGUUUAAAAAUAUAUAAAUGCUGGUUGUUAAAAAUGAAAACUAUUCCUAAAACUAGUAGUGGAAAAAUACGAAGGGCUCCAGCUAAAGAAUUGUUAACAUCACAACAAAAAUGUAAUGAAGUUUUGUUUGAAAAAACAUUCGGCGCAGAUUUUAAAUUAGACUCUAGUUACAUGUCUAGAAAUAAAGAUUUGAUACAAUCAAACGAGGAAGACGUUUUUGAAGACGCUUUAUCGAAUCAUGAUAAUAUCAAAACAGAAAAUUCAUAUAAGCUGGUCGACUCAAUAGCUAAUAAUAAAGCUAGUGAAGAAUGUGAUACCGAUUAUAAAAAAACGAAAUCUACUAGAGAAGCAGUGAAAGAACAAGUAAGUUCGGUUAUUCGCCAAGCUUGUAUCGAAAUUGCAAAUUUAGAAGACAUACCAAAUACAGAUAUUAAAUUAUUCGAAAUGGGUGUUGAAAGUGUAACACUUGUAGAAUUUUCAGAGUAUAUUGCUAAUAAUUUAGGAAUAGAAGUUGAUAAUACAUUACUGUUUAACUAUCCUACGUUAGAUGCAAACGACCUAUGCAUAACAGCUAUUCAACUUCGAUUACCAGGAGGAAUCGAUACUGUAGACAAAUUUUGGAAUGGUUUAUUGAGCGGUGGCGAUUUUAUUCAGAACAUACCGUACAGUCGGUGGGAUAAUAAUUUAUGGUAUAGUCGAAACAUGGAUUCAUUAAAUAAAACUUAUGUUAACGAAGCUGGUUUUGUAUAUGAUGCAGACUAUUUUGCUGCAAAAGCAUUUAACGUUAAUCCACGAGAAGCACUUACCUUAGAUCCUCAACAGAGAAUGUUAUUAGAAUUAGUAUACCAUUCUUUUAACUCGACUAAAUUGCGUAUUAGUUCUUUUACUAAUCAAAAAAUCGGAAUCUACAUUGGAUCUUGUUGUAGUGAAUGGAGUUUAAUACAACCUGACGAAUUACCAGGUCCAUACACUGCAACAGGCGUUAGUUCUUCUUUACUUAGUAAUAGAAUAAGUUAUUUUUUUGGAUUGUCUGGACCAUCACUAACAGUCGAUACAGCUUGUUCUAGUUCAUUAGUAGCGUUGUAUCUUGCGUGUAAUGAUAUGAUACAAAAUAAAAUAGAUCAUGCUGUCGUUGGCGGUGUGAAUAUGUUGCUAACUCCUUAUCCUUUUAUUUCGUUUUCUAAGGCGCGAAUGCUCUCUCCAGAUUGUAGAUGUAAAGUAUUUGACGACAGUGCAAACGGGUAUGUCAGAGCUGAAGGUGGUUUAGUACUUCAAUUAAAAACUUAUUCAAAAGCUAUGGCAGAUAAAGAUACGAUUUGGGCUAUGGUAUCAGGCUCUGCUAUAAAUCAUGGAGGUUCGAGUGCUGCAAUUACUGCUCCAAAUGGGCUGGCUCAGCAAAAUGUAAUACAGUCAGCAAUCCAAAGUGGAAAUAUAAAUAUCAAUGAUAUUUAUUUUGUUGAAACACAUGGAACUGGUACUGCUCUGGGAGAUCCAAUUGAGUUUAAUGCCAUAAAGAAUGUUUUCAGCAAUCGCGUUGGAGCUACUUCUCCAUUAUAUUUAGGAGCGGUCAAGUCCAAUAUAGGUCAUUUAGAAGGAGCAGCCGGGCUAGCCGGAUUAGUUAAAUCUAUAUUAGUGCUCAGAUAUAAUAAAGUUCCUAAGAAUUUACAUUUCUCAGAAUUAAAUCAUUUUGUUAAUCAAGAAAAAUGGAACUACCACAUACCUAAAAGUACUGUUGAUUUGAAUUCUGCAGGCACGAGCAGCAGAUUUGCAGGUGUAAGUUCGUUUGGUUUUGGUGGAGCUAACGCUCAUGUUAUAAUUAAAGAAUCACAAAAUUCUUAUUGGGCAAGAUUGUAUGAUCAAUUAUAUUCACAAAUAUCACUUUCAAAUAAUGAAGAUAUAUUAAUUAACUUCAAUAACGAUUAUUGUGAAAAAAGCGAUCAAGUAUAUAGAUUCCAAAACAAUGAUUUUUUAAAACUGAUUAUUGAUGAAGUUAUCGAAGAAUCUCAUGAGCAAAAUCCGAUAAUUACGCUCGACUGGUUACUUGAUUCAGAGGAAAAAUCUUUGUUUAAAAAAAUUAUCAAUCAGUUUAUUAUAAAUUUAGCUUUUUAUCGGGCAUAUAUAAAACAGGUAUCAGUGAUAGAAGAUUUGAAUGUUAUUCUUUCGGCUGAUUCGGUUUCAUAUAUUUCUGCUUUUGUUGCAGCCGGUGCUCUAUCUGUGCAAAAUGCUAUAAAUCUCAUUACUUUUUCAUCUACUUUUUACGAAUCCCAGUUACUUUUAAUUUAUACUGGUCAUGUUUGUCAUGUAGAAGAAUUUAAUAGAAGAAGUAGUGAAACUUAUGAUAAAUUUAGAAAUUAUUUGGAAAUUUCUAAUUGUGAAUGUAACGUAGUUAAUACGAACAAGGAAGUAUUAGUAUUUAAUAGCAAUUUAGGUGAAAAAGAUUUGGAUUCAUACAUAAAUCAAAAUAUUAUUAUAUCUCAUGGAAAGUCUAAGUUGAUUGAUCCUGCGACGGCAAUAAAUGUUUGGUGA